UCCACAUGAAGUUUCCUUUAGUUUUAAAACUCGGUCGAGAAUUGAUGGCGUUGAUUGGUUCGAUUGGAAAACCACACAGCCGCGAUCCAAAAAAGCGCGGGGAAAUUUCGUCAUUUUCGUAAUUUCUGUUUGGGCAGCUCGACAGCUUUGAUCGACCUGCGCGGCUUCCCACCGCUGCAGGCGGUGUGAACCAUUGAAGGUUCUCCAUGACACAACUUGCGCGCUCCUUGACCUUGGUGUGUCAGUUGUGUGGCUUGGCAGCAUCGUUCACACUCUCGGCGGUGGAUGACGUGUAGGGAUUGCGGUGCUACUGCAGUUCCUCUUGAGGUUUUGUUAGCAUUCUUCCCGUGCGGGGAAUGUCGUCAAUGUUUGGCGUCAUGGAAACAACGUGUCGAGUGGCGACAAUGGUUUUCCGCACCAUAUUGUUGACCGCGUCCAACGAGACCAUGGCCUUUUCAGUGUUGCGAAAGACGAUCCAGUCGUAACUCUGGGGGAAUUCCUCAAACCGAGGAAGAACAUGCAGGUCCGGUGAGCCUGUAACGGAUGCAUGUCUUGAGACACUGGCACGAGCCGCAGCAACGACGACGGGUUGAAAGAGGACAUCAACUUUAUUUUUCCACCUGUGAACCGUCCCCGCCUUGGCGUUGCGAGAGGUAGAAGUGCAAACGGCAUUGCGCAAUUGGGCAUACAUGAUGCGGACGUCGUCGGCCAAAUCAACUUGAAACAGUUCGCUGUGUGGCUCCAAAACUUUGUCGUAAAUGUGAUCCACUGUUGCCUCCCCGAGCUUGAAUCGUUCCACUUCAUGCCAUGCCAAGAGCAGCUCUGGAGCGAGUUCCAUCCGACAAAAUGUCAACACUGCCUUGUAUCCAUCUGUCGUCGACAAGUAUCGGUAAAACACUUUGUAGUCAAGCUCAUCGACGUCCGUUUGGAGCCGGCGUCGACGGAGGCGCAUCUCGCGAUGGGUUUCAGCAGUCAAGAACGAUUGUCGAAGCGGCAUGGUGAUCAGCAUGAAACACACCGCUUGACCGCCAUGCAUGGAAAUCAUCGCACUUGCAUAGAACUCGUCGAGAAAGACGGCGACCCCCAGAUGCGGCAGGAGCAACGUCAUGCCAUACCCAACUAAGCACACGGCAAUGUACUUGGAUAUGGACAGGUAGGUGCUGCGGAGGCCAAAAUUGUCGACCACUCGACUGAUCUUGCGCGUGAGUCCCCAUGAAAGGAUCGUCAUGGCAGCAACUUCCAACGUCGACACGAGAUUGAACGUUUGGGUGAUUGGAUGGAGUCCAUUGGCGAGGUCGUGUGAGGUAAAGUCGUGUGGUAGGGUCACGAGGAGAUGCACGGUGGGGGCGCACACAACAGCGCUUGUUGCGACCCAAACCCACAUCUGUGCUCGAGGAUAUAGGAUCCAUCGGAGGGAUUGGACACGACGGACGCGAGCUUCAGUUGCAGUUCGCGGGUCCAACAACACCUCAGUGAUAGCAAACUUCACGACAAUGAUGCAUUGGCUCAAGAUGAACGAGACUCCUCCAACGAGGAGAAGAGCAUUGGAGAUAACGAUCCGCGUGCGCACGUCGAUCGCGUCGCCGUUGUCAAAACACACGAUUGGCGGGAGCGCGAGGGUGUAUGCUGCAAAGAAAAACGCGGUGACGGCUGCCAAGCCGGGUUGUCUGUACUUGAUCGCGGAGUGGUUGCUCCGGCAGACAAACAUGACGAGUGCAAAGGGAAGAUAGAGAUGAAAUACCCAUUGCACGAAUACACACACUGUGGUCGGUCGCAGGAAGUCCAUGCCGCGCGCGCGGCACAACACGACCACGCAACCUUUUGCAGUCUCG